CCGGCCUCGCGUGUCCGGUUACCUCAGUGAGGGAGCGCGCGGGCGGGCGAGGGGCUCGGGACCGCUCCGUCCUACUUACUGAGCGCUUACCGGGGCGCAGAGCGCCGUACUGAGCGCUGAGCAGCGGCCCCUUCUCCCCGUGACUUCCCCGCGAACGGCGCCGCCAUGGACUGGCUUCUCCGGGACAGCGGACCUUUCGAUAUCUGCCACGAAACCACCGUGUUACGUGGCGGGUUCCUGUUGGCUGAAAAGCUGUGCUGCCCAAAGGCCGUGGCAGAGCUGCAGAAGUCCGACUGGGGGCUGAUUGAGCAGCCAAUCCUCAGCGCCAUCGCGGAGAUCACCUCGGCCACCUUCCAGGCACCCCUCCAGUCUUGGAAGAAGAACAUCUUGAUCAUCAUAUGGACCAAAAUCUUUAAGCCCAGUCCCGUAACUCCCACAGACCUUGAAGCCUGGUGGCAAGAAGACAUCUUCUUUGCUGUGGGGAAUAUGAUCCCCAACGUCAACCACACCAUCCUUUUUGAGCUGUUUAAGACCUUGGGGGAGCCGGGAUUCCUCGUCGAGCUCCUGCUGGCACUGCCUGCCCGUGCGCAGCGCAGGGAACUGGAGCGCUUUGUGGAGCACGUGGCCAAAGACACGUCCUCGGAAGAUGUGACCUUCUUCCUGGAUGUCUGGAGGGAAAUGAUGAAGCAGAAGAGAAGACAGCCGGACAGCCUGGUCUUGCAGUUUGGGUUGCUGGUCCGAACGUAUCUGUCGCUCUCCGAUGAGGUAGGACCGGAGGCCUGUCCAGUCCUUCCCCUGCUGGCCGUGCUGGCGGUAGGGCUCAACAGUAUCCAAAGCAGCAUCACGUCACCUGAGCUAAAGUGCUACGCCCUGGCCAACCUGGCCGACAUGUUGACCGUGUUUGCCCCGACGGGGGCGGACAGUCGGGCGUUGUCGGCUGUGCUGUAUCUGGACAAGAUGGCCACUGUCAUCAACAUUUGGAACUCGGACCGCCAGAACCGUCACCACCAGCGGGGGCUGGCCGAGAAGGUGAAAGAGGCCGAGAGAGACGUCAGUCUGACCGCGGUGGACAAGCUGCCCAAGGAGACGCUCUUGGUGGGCUGGGGCUUCCUGCACGGAUUGCUUCAACAGUGGGGGACGGAGCUGCAGGCCACGCUUAGCGGAAGCCAGAGAACGAGCUACGGGAUCUUCCGGCUGGGAGACAGCUUGGGGUCGUUGAGCCGGAGCCUAGGGCAGUUCCUGACAUCUAGUGACAUCGGUGAGGCCGAGAGGCAGGUGGCCUCCAGGCUGGAGGAGAGUAUCCAGGACUUCUUGAAGAAAGCCCCUUCGGAACCAAAGCGCCAGGGCUCGGAGGAGGGCCUCAGAGCCGCAGUCGCCAUGGCAAUCAUCGAGCAGAAGAUGGAUCGGUACAAGGAGAUGUGCCACCUCUUUGCUUCCGAGCAGAAGUGGGCCUUCUCGGGGGAGUGGAUAGACUGUCUGGUUCAAAACGGAGCGCUGUUCCACGAUCCAGACCUGGUGUCGAAGCUGUUGGGAAUCACCGCGACGGUCGUCGACGUGACUGACGGGAAGAUUCCCAAGUCUCAGGUUGAAGUGGUGACCACUGUGAUCUUAGACUGUUACACUGAGCUCUCGCUGCCAGAUAAAAACAAAGUGCUCUCAGGUGUCCUGACUUCCUGGGGGAGGCAGGGUCUUUCCAAGAAGCUUGUGGCCUACACAGAGGGUUUUCAGAAAGAGCUGAAUACGGUGUUCAAUCAGAUAACACAGAGUGUUUCGGAACAGGGCAUAGCUAAAGCCGUUUCCUCCGUAGCCCGGCUGGCCGUGCUUCAUCCGGAAGCCACCUUGAAGACAGUCUGUAGACUCGCUGUGUUCAACGUUGGUACUCACAUGUUCCUGGCCCAGAUUCUGAGUGCCUUCCCCUCCCUCAGGUUCAGUGAGGGAGAAGACUCCACCUCCGGCGCUUCUCUGCUAGUGGAUUGUCUCAAAGACAGUGUGUGGGGGAAGCUUUCUUCAGUCAAGGAGGAGAAACAGUUUCUGGAGUUUUUAAACUACCUGAUGGAUCCCCCCUCAGAGCCAGCAGGCCAUUCCGUGGCACCCCUGCUCAGUCCCGAGGAGGUGAUCGGGGUGUUUGUGGCCCCUUAUCUGGUGGCAGACUUCGUGCAAGUGGAGCUGAGUCUGAAGAUCCUCAGCCAGGCGCUAGCAGCCAGUUGCGAUGCAUCCUGCCUUGAGUCCUGCUUCCCCUUUCCCCUGCUGUUCACCUUGUGCCAGCUGCUGGACAGCUACACCAGGUUCUGGGAGCAGACGGAGACCAAGCGGCACCUCUCUCUGGACUCCAAAGACCUGGUCGUCCACAACCUGGAGACGCUGGCUGGGCUCCUGCUGGCCAAGGACGAGCCCUCCUGCCCGGAGACCUGGACUAAGUCCCUGUCCUGGCUCCAGCGGAAGGUAGCCCGCCUGGACUGGACGGUCGGCCUGAGGCUGCGCGAGAUCUUUGGGGGCCACUUCAAGUGCGAGGUGCCGGCCACCCUCUUCGAAACCUGCCGGCUCCCGGAGGAGGAGUGGACUUCACGGCCCGUCCCGGGCUACGGCCCGGGCUCCGGGCUGCUGGCCUGGAUGGAGUGCUGCUGCGCCUCCGCGGCCACCCGCCAGCUGAUGCUCGCCCUCCUGGCCGUCAGCGCAGACAGCCCCGACGAGGUCAACUUCUUCAGCAAGGGCUUCCUGGUGGCCUUGGUGCAGGUCCUGCCCUGGUGCAGCCCCGGCGAGUGGGCGUCCCUUCAGCGAGUGACCAGGAGCCUGCUGGAGAGGCAGCUCCUGCACGUCCCGUACAGCCUGGAGUACGUCCGCUUUAUGCCGCUGCUCAACCUGAAGCCCUUCGCCCAGGACCUCCAGAUGUCGGUGCUCUUCCUGAGGAGUUUCCAGUUCCUCUGCAGCGCCAGCUGCGCCUCCUGGCUCCCCCCAGACGGGUGGCACCACGUCGUCAGGCUGACGGGCACCGGCCUGAACGACCUGCUGGAGUCGGUCAAGCGACGGUCGGCCUGCCCCCCGAGCCCGGGGCGGGAAGGUGGCCUGGCGCAGGAAGCCCUGUUUGUGUACAUCCAGAUGUUCUGCCACGUCCUUCACAUCAUGGCCAUGUUGCCCCCGGGGGUCGGCGAUCCGCUCUUCGUGCCGGUCCUGGAGCUCCUCUCCUCUUAUGAAGCCCUGAGCAAGGCCGAUGGCUCAGGCAGCUCCUUGCUCCGGAGAGCAAACGAACGUCACUUCCUGCUGUCGAUUGCCGAAAACGUUGGUCCCGAGGAGCAGCGCAAGACGCUGCUGCAGAAGAUAAGCAACCUCUGAGGCCCCGGGGAUUGGAUCCCAGUGCCUGGGUUGUACGCUGCAGUGAUUUGAAAUAUAGGCCCCUAUAUGGUACACACCAGGGUGAACAACGUGUUAAGAUAGAAAGUAAAUUUAUUCAGUAUUUGUAAAAUUCAAUAAAUCUUACUUUUCCUUACCUUUUGAA